CGAAGGAGCCAUGGGGAAGCUGCGACGCCGCUACAACGUGAAGGGGAGGCUGCAGGCGGAGCCCCGGCCCGCCAAGGGCCCUGAAGCGCCUCCCGUGCGACUGGAGCUGGAGGACCAGGCCGGUGAGCCGUGCGCCAGGCUGAUUGCAAUGUUUGGGUGCUGGGGCGCCUGUAUGCACCGGGGACGCUGUUCUGAUCUCUGGGAGUAGUGACAGCAGAAUCGGAGAUGGAAAACCCUGUCAACUCCAGGCGUGCCUGUUUACCCGGAGCGGACAAGCACAGAGAAACGAUAAAAUGUGUAGACUAUGGCAGGCACUCGGACAAGGAUGUGCUAAAAGGAGUUGAUGCAAGCAAUGCACUGGUGCUGCCGGGAAAGAGGAAGAAGAAGGCCAAGGCACCGCCCCCAUCAAAGAAAGUGAGGAAGCCCCUGACGAAGAAGGAGAGGAAGGUGCUGCAGAAGGUCUUAGAACAGAAGGAGAAGAAGAGCCAGCGUGCUGAACUGCUGCAGAAACUGAGUGAAGUCCAGGCGUCGGAGGCCGAAAUGAGGCUCUUCUACACGACAGCCAAACUAGGCACCGGGGACCGCAUGUAUCAUAUCAAAGAGAGGAAGUCUGACCAGCCUGCUGCCCGGGGCCAAGAGAAAGUCAGUAGCCUUGGUGGGGCCCACCGGAAGCGCCGCCGGUCAUCAUCCACAGAGGAAGACUCUGAGUCUUCAGAAGGCUCAGAGUCUGAGGAAGCCACAGCUGAGCAACCUAGUAGCAGCACAGGGACAGACCCAGUGCAUCCGCCACCAGCUCCUUGUGAGACCAAGACCCCUGCACCCACCCUGCAGCCCCCUCCACCUGGGACCUCUGCACCUCCCAAAAUGCCAGCCGCUGCCCCGCCUCCACCCCUGGCCAAGCCUGCUGUGUUCAUCCCCGUGAACCGCACCCCUGAAAUGCAGGAGGAGCGGCUCAAGCUCCCGAUCCUCGCCGAAGAGCAGGCCAUCAUGGAGGCGGUGGCUGAGUACCCCAUUGUCAUUGUGUGUGGCGAGACUGGCAGUGGGAAGACAACACAGGUGCCCCAGUUUCUCUACGAAGCAGGCUACAGCAGUGAGGACAGCAUCAUUGGUGUCACAGAACCCCGCCGAGUGGCUGCAGUGGCCAUGUCCCAGCGGGUGGCCAAAGAGAUGAACCUGUCACAUCGGGUUGUCUCCUACCAGAUCCGAUACGAAGGGAAUGUGACAGAAGAAACCAGGAUCAAGUUCAUGACGGAUGGUGUACUGCUCAAAGAGAUCCAGAAGGACUUCCUGCUGCUGAAAUACAAGGUGGUGAUCAUCGACGAAGCCCACGAGCGGAGCGUCUACACAGACAUCCUUCUAGGGCUCCUGUCCCGCAUCGUGGCUCUCCGGGCCAAGAGGCGCCUGCCCCUCAAGCUGCUCAUCAUGUCUGCCACACUUCGGGUAGAGGACUUCACCCAGAACCAGCGGCUCUUCACCACUCCUCCCCCUGUCAUCAAGGUUGAGUCUAGGCAGUUCCCUGUGACAGUACAUUUCAACAAGCGGACCCCAUUGGAUGACUACAGUGGUGAAUGCUUCAGAAAGGUCUGCAAGAUCCACCGGAUGCUGCCUUCAGGUGGCAUCCUGGUGUUCCUUACAGGGCAGGCGGAGGUGCAUGCACUUUGCCGUCGGCUUCGGAAGGCCUUCCCCAUCCGUUGCUCCCAGCCACAAGAAAAGGAAGAGGACUCCGCAGAAGGGAUGCGGAGGUUUAAGAAGUCCCGGACAAGGGCUAGAAAGGCCCAGGCCAUGGCCUUGCCCCAGAUCAACCUGGACAAUUACUCUGUGCUGCCAGCCGGCGAAGGCGAUGAGGACAGGGAGGCAGAGAUGGACGACGAAGAGGAGGCCCUGGGCUCUGACCUAGAUCUGGACCUGGGUGACAGUGAGGCAAAUGAAGGUGAGCAGCCAGAUGCCUCCCUGCCCCUUCAUGUGCUUCCGCUCUACUCUCUGCUGGCUCCUGAGAAGCAGGCACAGGUCUUCAAACCUCCUCCAGAGGGGACAAGGCUAUGUGUUGUAGCCACCAAUGUGGCUGAAACAUCCCUCACCAUCCCUGGUAUCAAGUAUGUGGUGGACUGUGGGAAAGUCAAGAAACGCUAUUAUGACCGUGUCACAGGCGUGUCUUCCUUCCGUGUCAGCUGGGUCUCCCAAGCAUCUGCUGACCAGCGGGCUGGUCGUGCAGGCCGGACAGAGCCAGGCCACUGCUAUAGGCUGUAUUCCUCAGCUGUUUUCGGGGACUUUGAGCAGUUUCCUCCUCCAGAGAUAACCCGCAGACCAGUGGAGGACUUGAUCCUGCAAAUGAAAGCACUCAAUAUUGAGAAGGUCAUCAACUUCCCGUUCCCCACACCUCCGUCCAUCGAGGCCCUGGUGGCUGCGGAGGAGCUGCUGAUUGCCCUGGGGGCCCUGCAGGCACCUCCAAAGCAGGAAAGAAUGAAGAAGCUACAGAUGUCACAGCUGAGCUGCCCCAUCACUGCACUGGGGCGGACCAUGUCCACCUUCCCUGUGGCACCCCGCUACGCCAAGAUGCUGGCACUUAGCCAGCAACAUGGCUGCCUGCCCUACACCAUUGCAAUCGUGGCUGCCAUGACUGUACGUGAGCUGUUUGAGGAGCUGGACAGACCAGCUGCCAGUGAAAAGGAGCUUGCAGAGCUGAAGGGCCGUCGAGCCCGUGUGGCCCAGAUGAAGAGGACCUGGGCCGGGCAAGGGGCAUCUCUGAAGCUCGGCGACCUCAUGGUGUUGCUGGGUGCCGUUGGAGCCUGUGAGUACGCUGGCUGCUCACCCCAGUUUUGCCAAGCUAACGGACUGCGCUACAAGGCCAUGCUAGAGAUACGUCGCCUGCGUGGCCAGCUGACCACCGCAGUAAAUGCAGUGUGCCCUGAGGCUGGGCUUUUCCUGGACCCCAAAAUGCAGCCUCCUACUGAGAGCCAGGUGAUCUACCUGCGGCAAAUCAUGGCAGCUGGUCUGGGUGACCACCUGGCCCGCCGGGUUCAGAGUGAGGACCUGCUGGAUCCCAAGUGGAAGAAUGCCUACAAGACCCCUCUUCUAGAUGACCCUGUCUUCAUCCACCCCAGCUCUGUACUCUUCAGAGAGUUGCCUGAGUUCGUGGUCUACCAGGAAAUUGUGGAGACCACCAAGAUGUACAUGAAAGGUGUCUCCACUGUGGAAAUCCAGUGGAUCCCUUCCCUGCUGCCCUCCUACUGCCAGUUUGACGCACCCCUGGAGGAUCCAGCGCCCACUUACUGCCCAGAGUCAGGACGGGUGUUGUGCCACCGGGCCAGUGUGUUCUACCGUGUGGGCUGGCCACUCCCUGCCGUCCAGGUGGACUUCCCUGAAGGCAUUGACCGCUACAAGUACUUUGCACGGUUUCUGCUGGAGGGACAGGUAUUUCAAAAGCUGGCUCCAUUCAAGAACUGCCUGCUAUCUAGCCCCAACACCAUGCUGAAGACUUGGGCCAGGCUGCAGCCCAGGACUGAGACCCUAUUGAGAGCCCUUGUGGCCGAGAAGGUUGAUUGUCAUGAUUCCCUGCUGGCUGCAUGGAAGAAAAGCCCCAAAUACCUGCUGGCUGAAUACUGUGAGUGGCUCCCAAAGGCUAUGCACAGCGAUGUUGAGAAGAACUGGCCCCCUACCACUGACAGUUGACCACACACCCAGCUGCAUAGUCAGCCAGCUCCUAGGCUCUUACCAGGAGGCACGCCGUGGCCUGCCACAACUCACAACUGUACUGACCAGGAGUGCCUUCUUUGUGACUGUUAGAAGACAGACAUGGCUUUCCUUCCACGUUCCUCCCUGUCUGAAAUGGACUCUUCGGGUGACAUUAGACCCUGUGGAUGCACAGAGCAACACUGGGACAGGAAAGGGGCCCUUUCUCCCAGAGCACCUAUACAGCUUCAUCACGUCUUGGGCAGCAGGUGCACUGCAGACUUCUGUGACCCCGUGACUGUCCUGAAAGCUUGGCCCCAGUCAAGGGAUGGAUCACCCCAGCGCUUUGUUCCACAUAGGUGGAGACUGGUUUCCAGGGUCCUGCUUUGGCAUCGGUAGUUCUGUCUUUAAAAGCUGUUCUAGCCGGGUAUGGCCAGUGACCCUGUGGCCUUGGCUGGUAAGGAUCACUAAUGCAAGGCCAGCCUGAGCUACAUGGCAAGACUGCCUUCUGUUUGUUUGUUUUUCAAGACAGUGUUUCUCUGUGUAGCCCUGACUGUCCUGGAACUAGGCCUAUAGACCAGGCUGGCCUCAAACUCAGAGAUCCACUGCCUCUCCCUGCCUUGAGUACUGGGAUUGAAGAUGUGUGUUACCACCACCCAGCAAGACUCUGUCUCACAGACAAUUUUGUUAAGGGUAAAUGUUUGUGAUGUGCUGUUUCAUUUCAGCUUCUCUGUCACAUCAAACAUGUUCACAUACUGAGCAGCUGUCACCCUGUCAGUUUCCAGAAUGUUCAUUCUCACAUGAUUUUCUUAUUUUCUCCCUCUUGGUCUCCCCGGCACAUCGAGCUGUUUGUUUCUGUGGCUGAACAUGUGCCAUCAGGUAUCAGGCUACAUCUGUCUGUCAGCAGAAUGGAGUGAGUUGUUUACUUCUGGGUGAUGGCAAAUGCUGCUGCUAUUCACGUGUCAUUUUGGGCCACUUGUCACAGAGUCCUGGGAACAAAGCCAAGGUCUUUUCAGUUAACACCUAGUAAAUACCUUCUCCCUGUGGGCUGAGUUUAUGCUCUUGAUGAUGUCCUUUGAACCACAUACUGCUUUAUCUCCAUGUUGCCAUGCCUGUGUGGUGUAAGCAAGUGGUGCCACUGAACACCUGCCUGCCCAUCUUGUGUUCUUUGUGUCUUUUCAGGCAUUGGCUGUAUCUACUGAAUAAGCCCCUGUACUCCCCUUUUCCAGUGCACCUCCAAGUCUGUGUGUGCUCAGCCGAUCUUUGACAGCCGUAGCAUGUUCCAUAGCAUGUGUUUCGGCCGUGAGUUUUUAGAAAGACUCAGUCAUGGACAUGAGGUGGCUGGUGUGAGCAAAGUUAGGGUGGUGGCUAGCCCACCUCAUAUGUGUGAAUAUCCACAAGGCAGGCAGCCUGUCGGGUUUGUUUUGAUUUGGGGGUGGGACUUGAAAGGCUGGGCCCAGGCCAGGCUCACAAUAGUAGAGAGCUUGCCUAGUAUGAGGCCUUCAGGACCAAGAACAGAAGAAACAUGUCUCUAACUCUGUCAUCCAAUCCCCUUGUCCAGCAGCCCUUCACAGGUUCAGCUUCUGCUCCAGGCCUGUGUCUUCUGAUGCUUCCCAUAGCUGAUUUGUCUCAGAGUUAAGUCCUGAGCCAUCCCCCAAGAGCUUAACUUGGCAACUGAUGCAAAUGAUAAGAAAUUUGAAAGGCCGGUCUGGGCAGCAGUUCAAUCCCAUAGCAAACACCAAAUAUAAUUCAUCAGCUGCAGACAGACCAGUCCUGUCUGAAGACACUGCCAGGCUCACCAACCGGCCUGAGGUGAGGCCACAGAAGAGGCAAGCUGCCAUGGGAACCUCACGAGCAGUUCCUCAGUUUCUCUCAAUGGUGUUAUCACAAGUUGAGCUCGACAAUGCUAUGCAAGGCAAACCAAUAAAUUCGUGUCUUUAA